AGAGGAGUCUGCUCUUUUUCACUGUUUUGGGUUCAUUGCUUAUUUGUUUUAUAUUAAUAUAUUGUUAGGGGGAUUUUAGUUUGUUGCAAAAUGCGGUAAAUGUCAAGAUAAAGUCCUAAAAAGAUUUCAAGGAUAAUUUUUCACAAUGCUACAUUAUUUAACACAUUUGACAUCCUGAAUCCAAAAAUGAUGCUUAAAUGUCUCGCAAAUCAAAGGAAAUGGCAUAAUCAAACCUGACCUAACCUUACCUCAACCUACUUCAGUCCAGGAAACUAUGGAAACAUUCAUCACAUACGUGAAAGAACAUCAACAUCAACAUGAGUAUUCAGUGGACGCUGAUUGCUGGGUUUUUGUACACAGAAAUAGUUGUGGUACUUUUGCUGCUUCUUCCCUUCAUUUCUGCAAAGAGAUGGAAUUCAAUCAUCAAGUCUCGCUUUCUCCAGGCCAUUGAAGGACAGUCCUUCUUCUACUUCUGUGUGUUCAUGGUGAUUUUAGGGCUCUGCUUUCUAGACGCCAUUCGUGAGAUGGCCAAGUACGGCUACACGGAGGACGCCGAGGGACACGUGUCCCGUGACCACCUGGACGCCGAGCUGCAGAAACACAUGAAACUCUUCCGCGCACAGCGCAACUUCUUCAUCUCGGGAUUCGCCCUCUUCCUGUUCCUGGUGCUGCGUCGGCUGGUCACGCUCAUCUCCAAACAGGCGUCACUGGAGGCGAGCAACGAGGCGGCCAUGAGGCAGGCCGUCAGCGCGUCCAACGCCGCCCAGAAGCUGAUGGAGGGCAAGAACCUGUCCUCGGCAGACGGCGACAAGGCCGUGACCGAGCUGAAGAAGCUGCUGUCGGCGGCCGAGAAGGAGCGCGACUCGGCGCUGAAGAAGGCGGAGGCCCUGCAGAGCCAGUCCGAGAGCACCAGCCGCGAGUACGACCGGCUGAUGGCCGAGCACGAGAAGCUGCAGAAGCGCGCCGGCGAGGCGGGCGGCGCCACCAAAAAGGACGACUAGACGGGACGAGGAGCAGACGAGGUGGGCCGGACGGGACUGUGCCGGUGGUGGAGGGGCCGCCAGCUCACCGGGUGGUGGGCAGACGUGACGGAGAGCGGUGGACGCGGGCCGGUCCUUCCAGCGGCGCGGUGACUAGUUACGUCAUAUACGUGCUGAUAAGCUGGAACCGGCGAGUCUGCUGCAGCAUCAGACCGCAGUAAGGCGCCCCUGGUUCGAUGUGCUAACUGGUCCGAUGUACCGCGCGUGCUGGGGCAUUUAGCGAGCAACCCAAAAAGUAGGUGUGAUUCAAAUGUUUCCGUUUCAGAAAUAGCCAUAAUUGCAGGAGUUUGACCUACCGCGUCAUCGAAAUCGUCGGGAUACAGUUAUAGCAGUCCGUGCCUUCGGUUUGUUGGUUGUUAAACAUAAUAGAGUAUAUCGCUAUUUCCCCAUCUGCAGAUUUGAUCCCCCGUAGGCAGCUAGUCGCGACUUAUGGAUCGUGAUGUCCAGACAGAUUCCCCUUAUCAACCUGUUAUGAUUAGUCAAGCCUAUGCCAGUGUGCCACAGCAAGACCAAGAUUGUCUCGUCCUUUUCAUGGACAGCACAGUUACCUAUAUCCACUAGCUUGUGUUCGUUUACGAUCCUCUGGUCGUUCUGGCCGACUUAAUUUCCGACCCUGGGCUACUGACUGGCCCUCUAAGCGCAUUGAUGAGUCGGUCGACAUACCACAGAUAGCCGGCUUCCUCGCUCUGAUAGCGCUGCGCCAGGCCUGGCCGUGUGCUGUGAAUAAGCUGGUGUGUGCUGCCGCAAUGGGUGGGGUGUUAUUGAAUCAGCGGGCAUUUAACUAACCGGCUGCGAGUGGGAAGGAAAUAAAUAUAACGUCAUAAUGCCA